AUGUCUACAACAACUAGCAAUGACGAUAAUAAUAAUGAAAAAAAUUUUGUAAUAAAAGAAGGAAAUGACUCAUACAAUUGUUGUGACAAUAAUUCAUAUGUUAACAGUGAGAAAAAUAUUGAUGAUGAUGAUGAACUUCCUCGAGUUCAAAUGUCUAAAAUUAAAUUAGAUAUAUUAUUUUCUGGACCAGCUAUAUUUAAUCAAUUUGGAUCAAUUGAAAAGACCGCCUGGGUCGCAAUUGCCGAUUUAUUCACAGCCACAGCUUUUCAACCAACUUAUGGAAAUUUUGCAGAUAUUUUUGGUAGAAAAGUCACUGUAUUAUCAUCAUUAUUAAUUUUCGGAAUAGGAUCUGCAUUAUCCGGCGCAUCGUCUAGUAUAAAUAUGUUGAUUGCAUCUAGAGCAAUUACAGGUAUUGGUGCAGGAGGAUUUAUUGGUUUGACAAGUAUUAUAAUAGCAGAUAUUGUGAGUCUCAAAAAUCGAGGAAAAUAUAUGGGAUUCGCUGGAGGAGUUUAUGCCAUAGGAUCAAUAUUAGGACCACUUCUAGGUGGACUUUUUUCAGAUCGUCUUUCUUGGAGAUGGAUAUUUUAUAUUAAUCUACCACUUGGAGCUUUAAUAACUAUUUUUAUAAUCCUUUUACUAAACAUACCUUCUCCCCCAGGAUCUUUAAAAGACAAACUUAAAAGAGUUGAUUGGUUGGGAACAUUAUUAAUGGCUAUUUCAGCAAUUUCAUUAUUAUUACCUUUACAAUAUGGUGGAAUUGAACAUUCUUGGAAUUCGCCACUGAUCAUAAUAUUAUUUAUUUUGGGAGGUUUGGGAUUUAUAGCGUUUGUUUAUGUCGAAACUUUUAUUUCCAUUGAACCAAUUGCUCCUGUCAAAUUAUUUAAAGAUCGAACAAUUGUCGCAUGUUUUGCUUUAAACUUUUUCUAUAGCAUAGGUCUAUAUGAAAAUAUAUUUUAUGUUCCAUUGUUCUUUCAAAUUGUUGAUGCCACAAAGUCUGGUACUAAAUUACUUGCAUAUGUUUUGGGAGCAGUUGUCUCUGCUGUAAUAACUGGUCAAAUACUAUCCCGUGCAUCAGGUUAUUCAUAUAAAAUAAUAUGUGUAAUGGGUGGAGCUUUAAUGACUAUUGGAGGAGGAUUAACUUUCGGUUUUAAUGAAAAUACAAAUUCAAGAGAACAAAUUGGAUAUCUUUUAAUUUCUGGGUUAGGUGCUGGAUCAGUUUUUCAAACUGGUUUAUUAGCAGCGCAGGCCAUGGUUAAGCUAGAAGAUAUUGCUACAGUUACUUCUUUGAUAACAUUCUUUAGAUCACUGGGAUCAGUAAUAGGACUAUCAAUAUUUUCUUCAAUCUUCAAUAACUUUUUAAUUAAAAAUACUCUUGAAACAUUUCCUGGUUUUAAAAUUGAUCAGUUCAAAGGAGAUCUUAACACAUUUAAAGCUUUACCAAACACAAUUAAAUCACCUAUAUUAGGUAUAUUCGUAAAAUCUUUUCAAAAUGUAUUUUUAGUAGGUCUUAUAGCUGGUGGUUUAUUACUUUUUAGUUCUUUAUUUAUGAAAAAUUAUAUUAGAAAUGGUAGAGAAAAGAUUAGUAAAUAA